AUGUUCACCUCACAAGAAAUGCUGGCUACCUGGGCUAAACUGCCGACAUGUGGUGAUGUGUCAGCAACUUCCAUCCGUUUCUAUUUAAUUGAACAAGUUCGUUUUUAUUCUCAGACCACCUCGCCGCUGCAACUAAGUAACAAGCACUUUCUAGGACUCUUAUCUGUGCUGUUUCCUGUUGCAAUUAAAAAGAAACAGAUGGAAGCUGCUGAAACAUCACCACAUGUUAAAAAUAUUCCAGUGUGCUACCUGUCGACAGUUUAG